GCGGACGAGGAAGCAGGAAGGAGGGCGGCGGAGGCUCUGCUCUCGGGGAGUUUGUGGGGGAACCGCGAGCGGCGUAGCGGAUCCCGGAGCCCGGCCCCGCCGCCCGCCUGUCUGGACGCCCGCCCCGCCUGCACGGCCCCAGCAGCCCUCCCGCCCCGGCCCGGCCCGCCCGCUCCUCCGACGGCCCCGCCCGGUCGCGGCCCCCGCUCCGCCCGCCCGGCCCCGGCCCCCAGGAGGAGGCGCUGACGCAGCAGCGUGGAGCCCGGGAAUUGAGCGCCCCCGGGGGGUUCCAGCCGCCGGAUUCCAGCCCGCCCGGGGCCUGCGGGCGUCCUGGGCCCCGUUGUCCGCGCCACCAGUCGGGUGAGCUCAGGGGCUCGGGACUGAGAAGAGGGAGGUAGAGAGGGAGGCAAAAGAGAGGGACCGUCCGCCUGCUCGAUCUCUCGAUCGCUCGCCCCGCCGAACGCGCCGCCGCCCCCGCUCGGGGAUGAGGACAGACGGACAGACGCAGAGCAGGUGCUGACCGCCCGCGCGGGCCGCCUCUCUCCUGGGAGUCCUGGAGCCCGGGUGGGUCCCCGCCAUCGGGUCCAGAAGCCAAUCUAUGACGCAUGCUCGGAGGAAGUCUCUGCCCCUGUUAAGCUCUCUCCCUACUGGCCGGGAACCACUGCGGGUGGAAGGCAAGAGGAUGGAGCGGCAGGAGGGCAAUGAGCCAGGGGCUGUUCCAGAGGUCCCUAGCCUCCCCAGUCUCCAGGAUCUUAGAAAAAAUUACCCCCUUCGCAAGCGGCUCCUGGGCCCAGGCAAGCCUAAGACCUGCAAAGUGCUAUUGACCCGCCUGGAGCACGUGGCCAGUCCCCGGGGCAAAGAGGCCUCCAGUUGGGCUGAGGAGCUGCAGCCACUUCCACCUGGCUUGCCUGAGACUCCUGUCCCAGGCAAGGGUGAGAUAGGUGGGGAGCAGGAUGCUGGGAUUGAUAACACCCUUCCAGAAGAACCACGAAAGCGACGUCUGGCUUCACUCAAUGCUGAAGCCCUCAAUAACCUGCUCCUAGAGAGAGAUGAUGGGGCUGGACUUGCUGCUACCCGUCGAUGCCGAGCAGAAACCAGGAGGGCCCGGGAUAAAGUAAGUGGGAGUUGGGCCUCACCAGAGAAGCCAGUACCCAAAAGCUUUAAGGGACGGAGCCGACCCCGGGCAGGAAGACUCAAGGGUAGUAGCCAGGAUAUUCUGCCUGAGGAAGUAUUCGAAGACAGUGCCCGCCGGGAAGGUGAUACUGCUCCCAAGAGACUGGCCAGCCUGAAUGCAGCAGCCUUUCUCAAGCUGAGCCAGGAGCGGGAACUGCCACAUCGAGCCCCCCGAAACCACACCGAUGGGGAUGUUCGGCCUGAUGCCAUAGGCCCCAAGACCCUGAGACUUAAAUGGGCCAAAGCUAAUCGGAAAACCUGCCUGAAGGCUAGGCAGGAAGCUGGCCUAGUGGGGACUGAGGGACUACCCAGCUGGCAAAUACCCCCUGAAGGAACCUGGCCUCCAGCCUCCUCUUCUGGCUCCCCUAGGUUAUGUGGCAAAGGAGAGACCCUACCUUAUGAACCCUUGAGCCACUCUUAUGAGAGCCCUGGGGACCUAUACCACCGGCUGCCCUUGCUGAUGGGCGGGCAGGCUGCCAUGAAGCCAGAGUACGGGCGCCCGGGAGAGAAGUCUCCCACUCCCAAACAAGAUCUACACCAGCCCUCGUUCCCUCUCCCCCAGCUGCCCCCGCUGCCUGUGCCCGGCAACCACUCUGACUUCGGCUGCUUCUAUGGUGGCCCCGAGCUUACCACACUGAGUGGGGUCUACUUGUACUACGGUCAAAGCGGACUGCAGUGUGGGGGCUACUCGCCCUGUCCUGUGUUCCCAGAGGGGGGAGAGAUGUCCCCUUCUGCCCCUUGUGAAGGGCUUCUGGUGGCCCCCAGCACCCUGCCCACAGGGACUCCUUUCCAGCACCCUCCCUGGUGUUCAUCCCGAUACUGCUGUGGAGAAGGAGAAGGAGAAAAUGGCUACAGCCUCUGUGGGGUUCUCCCUGUACCCCUUAAUCAUGUCAGCAGCCUCCAUGCCACUCGCAGCAGCUGUCCCUACAAAAUGCCUUUUGCAGCAGAGGGCUGCAGGUCUCUGGACCAGCUGGACCUCACGAUCCCUGUGGCUGGCCAUCCAGCUUCGCCUGCCCACCCCCUCUCAGGAUGUCCUGUGCCCAAUGUGCCGCCUGCAGCUGAGCCUGUCCCCCAUCUGCAGACACCCAAUUCGGAGCCCCAGACAAUGGCCCGGUCAUGCCCACAAAGUGCAAAGCCUCCUAGUGGCUCCAAGUCUGGCCUGCGCACGGCACCCAGCUGCCUGCACCCCACUGAAACCAAGGCAGUGAGCGGGCACAGCCACACAAAGCAGCAACGCAUCCAGCGUCGUCGGGCCACCAAUGGCUGGGUGCCUGUGGGGACUGCCUGUGAAAAGGCUGUAUAUGUCGUGAAUGAACCAGCACCAGCUAUCCGAAAGAGCUACCAGGCAGUGGAGCGUGAUGGAGAAAUGAUCCGGGUCCGAGAUACGGUCCUUCUAAAGUCUGGACCACGAAAGAAAUCCAUGCCCUAUGUGGCCAAGAUCUCUGCUCUUUGGGAAGACCCAAAAACAGGAGAGCUGAUGAUGAGCCUACUGUGGUAUUAUAGACCGGAACAUACUCAGGGAGGCCGAAAUCCCAGCAUGCAUCAGAAUGAGAUCUUUGCAUCCCGCCACCAGGAUGAAAACAGUGUGGCCUGCAUCGAGGAAAAGUGCUACGUCCUGACGUUUGCAGAGUACUGCAGAUUCUGUGCCUUGGCAAAACGUCGGGGUGAAGGUCUCCCUGGCCAGAGAGCAGCGCUGGUGCCCCCCUCGGUAGAGUACUCUACCCCACCCCACCGCACAGUGCCAGAAGACACAGACCCUGAACUGGUGUUUCUUUGCCGCCACGUCUAUGACUUCCGACAUGGCCGCAUCCUCAAGAACCCACAAUAGCCGCCCAUCCCCCAGCUUGAGGGGAAGAGCUGGCAAGGGGCACCUGGGUGGGGGGGGUCCCCACUUGCCAGGCUGGCUUCCCCAGGGCAAGGAUGGCAGCAGCUCAAAGCACAGCACUUGGUUAAAAAGAGCAAAAGGGCCCCGGGGGAGGGGGCCUCAGGGUGGGCUGGGGGUGGGAUGGGUGGAGCAGAGCAGGCCUUGUCUGUUUGAAUUGGUGGAGGCCAGGGCCCAGGGAAGGCAUCGGCUCCCUCAGGAUGUCUUUCCCAAGAUCCCCUGGAAGGAAAUGCCUGGAUGCAGCAGUCUCUCCAGAGAUGGAGAACCCUGCCCAGAAGGAGGUGGGGGAGUCAGGGCAGGGCAGCCUGCGUUUGGUGGGAAAGGGGGAGUGGGAGACCAGCUUUACCUCACCACACUGUGACCAGCUGCUGCCCACUUCUGGGGGCUCCCUUUCCCUGCUCCCCAUCCUCCUGGGCUCCCCAGGCUCUGAGCAAACCCCUGAGCCCACGCCUCAGAAAGCCAGAGCCUGUCUUCUUGAGCACUUGACCCCUCUCCCUAAGCCAGGGGCCUGCUGCACCCUGCCAGGCCUCCAGAGCACCCCUCUCUGCUUCUCAGUCCAGUCGCCCACAGCAUCCCGAUGCCUCGGGGGCGAGGGCAGGCCCCUCCACCUGGGUGGGAGUGAGCCCAGGAUGGGUCCUGACCAGCUGAAGACGUCCAGCUUUCCGUCCUCCUGGCCCAGAGAAGGUGCGCAGGGGCUCCCAGAAGGAGACUGCCCGACACAGGGUGUGGGGGUUUGGGGGAGGGGGGGGUUCUUGGGUGGGGGGUGGGGUCAGGGAGAGAGAAAAAAAAUACUACCUGAUUUGCUGGAGACUUUUUUCCUCUUGCCUUACAUGUUGAGGUUCUACAGAGCCUCCUGCAGACCUUCAACACCCAACUCUUGGAGCCCAGUCCUAAAACAAACCAAAGGAGAGCGGGGUGGCCCACCACUCCCCCCACCCUCCCCCGCCUGCCCGUCUAGUCUGUCCCCCGGAAGCCCUUUGUAGAUUGCACUAAUUUAAACCAGAAUGAGAAUCAACACUGUAUCAGUCCGCAGACCUGCUGAGAGCUGCCGAUACUUGCUCCUAGAGCUAGGGAGGGACCUGGGUUUCCCUUUUUGUUCCUUUCUAGCCUGAGCUGAGGGCUGGGCUCUGACCUCACCUUUCUUCCUAGGGAUGGCCCCGAGAAAAGAGCAGGUUAGGAGCCCCCCACCACCCCCUACCCCCUUCUCCCCUGGGCCUGGCCAGGGUGGGGUAAGGGGUGAGGUGGCCGCAGGGAGCAGGCCCUGUUUAUUUCCUAUUCAUACCAAAGAGGGACCGUGAUGGGGGAGGGAGAGGCUGAGACUGAGGGUCUCACCUCUAGUUAGCUGGACUGCCAGCUGCCCACCCCUCACCAGUGUGUUUGCCCUCCUCGCCCUCACUCCCAGGGAAGCUGUCAAUUCAUAGGGAGCUGAAGGGAUCAGGCUGUGCGAUAGGCAAAAAGCCUCAUGAUCCGGGGAGAGCCUGUGCAAGGCCAGAUCUUCUCAAGGCCUUUGUGGCACCCCUGCUUUGUCCUUGUUCUCUCUCUGUGUUCCUUCAUUUUGAGGCUUGGGGGUGGGGGGGAGGGGGAAGGGACAGAAGCGGUUCAUAUCCACCAAGGAGUGGAUGAAGUCCCUAGGGUACAGAGGAGAAGUUAUAAGAGGGGAGCCCAGUCCCAAUUAAGGAGGAGAGGAAUCUGAGGGCCCCUCAAACAAAUAAGCUGAUUAGGGGAAAGAAUCAGUCUGGGAGGGAUUGGAAUCCUGGGAUGCUCAGGGCACCUUGCCCACAGCAGGCAGUAAGGGGAUUGAUUGAUGAGGGAGGCUUGGGAUUGGAGCUUUUCAUGCUGCCCAGCAGUUGGGGUAUCCUUAGAUACCGCUCCGUCCCCAGGGAUCCUCAGUGAUCCCUGCUAGUGAAUAAAAACUAAGCCUCCCCUAGCCCUCCAGAAGGAGACCCACCCUCCAGCCAGGGAGGGAAGAGACUUUGCUCCUUGGGUUCCUUCUCCUCAAGGCAGGGCACCCUGCUGCCACCCAGGACUCUUUCAUGCUUUUUUAAUCUCUUAGAUAUGGAAAUAUUUUUUGAAACUGAAAAUGCAGCUGGUAGAAUUUCAAUGGAAGUGUAAUCCAUGUAAAAUAUAUUUUAGUUGAUAAUUUUGUAAAAUGCACUUUUUUUGUGUCUCCCCUGGUUUCCCAGAUCUGUAUUUCAGUGUUUACAAGGGGGGAGAAACCUUCCCUUACCCCCUUCUGACAGAGAAAUUAGAAGUAAUUCUUUAAGAAAAAAAAUAAAUUUGAGAAAUUGUAUUGAUUUAGAAAAGGUUCA